GAACCCGUUGUUCCUGGAGCCGUACUGGCGGCGGCACGCGGCCGCCAGCGCCGUGGUGGUCUCCGGCUGGCACCGCAUGAGCUACAGGGCCACCGACGGCAUGUUCCAGUCCGUCGACCUCGAGCGACAUAUCCGGCGCCUGCACAGGGCCGUCGGCAACGCCAUCGCCGACGGCAAGCACAUCGUCUUCGCCGCCGGCUCCGUGCAGCUCAUCAACGCGCUCGUUUACGCGCUCUCCCCCGACGCCGACGCCGCCUCGCCGCCGGCCCGUGUGGUCGCCACCGCGCCCUAUUACCCAGUAUACAGAACACAGACGAACAUGUUCGACGGGCGCGAGUAUAGGUGGGGCGGAACCACGGCUCCAUGGGCUAACGCAUCACGGAACUCCACCGACGGUGACGGCUUCAUCGAGUACGUGUGCUGUGUGCAGCCCGUGUGUGCAGUACGUACAAAUUAAUUCCAGGAUUCAGAAUGACUUGACACGUCUCGUGUCGCGCGCGUGCGUUGCGCGUGCAGGUGGGCGCUGAUCAGGGAUGAGAAGGUGGCCAAGAAGGCGUCCGAGUACGUGCAGAACAGCAUCAUGGGCGCGUCCCGGGACACCCAGCUGCGGAUGCUGGGGAUCGUGAAGGCCAUGCUGGCCAGCCUGCACGGCGAGGAGGACAUCUUCGCCUUCUGGCACGGGGUGAUGAGCACCAGGUGGCGCCGGCUGAGCGCCGCCGUGUCGCGGUCCCGCCGCAUCUCGCUGCAGAAGAUGGCUCCCGGGUACUGCACCUACUUCAAGCGGGUCACGGAGCCGUCGCCAGCCUACGCGUGGGUGAAGUGCGAGAGGGAGGAAGACGAGGACUGCUACAACGCGCUGCUGAAGGCGAAGAUCAUCACGCGCUCGGGCGUCUGGUACGAGGCCGGCACCCGCUACACGAGGAUCAGUCUCCUCAAGAGGGACGAUGACUUCGAAGUGCUCAUGGAGAGGGUCGCUGAUCUUGUCAAUGCCGAGAAGUACGGUGAGGCUCCCGGUUCCAGCUCCAUGUGAUGGUAUUUAACCGCAGGAGUUUACUUGGUUCCGGACGGAACGGCAAAAAGGUAAAAUACGGUUAGUGCCGGAAAUGAUCAGCUAGGCGCUGAUGAUUGUUCUACGAAAUUAAAUUACAUGAACGGUCAACUAGAAGUUGAUUUGUUUCCCAGGUUGAGCCGGCGGGAAUUGCUGGGCAUGACUGGAAUAAAUAUACAAGAAAUGAUCAGCUACCAGUUGAUUGUUUCUCGUUCUCAGAUCAUGAGCUAGUGCAAGUAUAGGAAAGAAAAAUUGUGUAUGUUGUGUAGUGUAUGGAACAUAGUA